GUAGGAAGGAACGCGUGUAUAACUUGACUAACUGGCGUAGCUAACUGACGAGCAAUAAGAAAACCCAGCACCAUCCCCUGCUCACGACCACGGCCUCAAGCUCGCCAUGUUCCGCUUGGGCACCAGCCGCGCCCCAUUACUCGUCUUCUCAGCGUUCUUGAGCACGUCCCCAAACCCCGCCUCUCGAGGUAACUUGAUCAUCGCCGGUCUCUCAGCGUUCUUGAGCACGUCCCCAAACCCCGCCUCCCGAGGUGACUUGCUCAUUGCCGGUCUCCUCGCCAGCGAGUCCCCUUCGUUGAGCCUCUCCUUCCUCUCCCUCUCCUCGCGCUUCUUCUCCCUCCUCUCCAACUCGCGCUUCACGCCCGACUCCUUCUCCCUCGGAACCUCGUCCAGCCGCUCCUCCCGCAACCCCUCGAUCAUCUGUACAUCGACGAGCAUAUCCAACCCGGCCAGCAGGUCCAAACUCGCAUCCCCGUGCUCAGGGUCGUCCUCCUCCCAACAAUCCUCCACAACCCACACUUUCUCCCCAACGACGUCCCGCGCCGCCAGGGCAGUAGCGACCAUCUCCGCUCCGGAACUGACGCCGCAGAGGUAGACUCGCUCUACUCUCCUUUCCCGGAGAUGCCGUUCGAGCCCGGUGUGGAAGAACGCGCUCAGGCCAGGCUUGGCCAGUACUGGUUCGCCUUCCCUCGGCGAGCAGGAACUUGGGAAAUGGGGAGAGAAGGUCGGGGAGAGGGAGACGAUGUGCACUACUACUGGGCGGGAACGUCGGAGGUCUAGCGAGUCGCGGAGCAUGAAUAUGCUCAUUAGGAGCUGGUGCGCUGUCUCCCUCGGUAGGAGCUCGAGGUAGCAGGAUUGGAGGUUGAGGAAUAUGAACGCUGUUCGGCGGAGGUUGAGCGAGGUUUCUAUCAUGCUGUCAUG